GAGGUUGGAGUGAUGCGUCUUCUGCAAACGGAGACGAUCUGCGUGCUCGGCGCCGUGUUUACAGCGAACGGGGCUGCAGACUGCAGACUGGCCGGAGGAGACCGUGAACGUACCUGUGCAUUAAUCUGUCUAACUACGCCAGCCGUUCAGCUAUCUAUCGACGGAGGGGCAUUAGAUAAUCAAAGGACCUGGCCUCAGCCUGAGCGGUGAGGUCAAACAUCCCGUUUUUCCGUGGGCAUGAAGGUGAAUAACAGCUACCACAACAACGCGGUGUGUGUGUGUGCACGAUGAGCGGCUGAGGAGGAGGAGGAGGAGGAGGAGAAAAAGAAGGAGGCUGCGGUCUGAACCCAGAUUUUAUCCUGGAUAUUUCGAAACAACCCCCGUGUCGUUCACAUAGCGGGGCAGUGCAUCGGUGUGAUAUGUUACCGUAUGGCCCACGCCGCCUGUUCUCGCCCCAGUUGUAAGGGAGGUCUGACCCGUUUUUCUGCCUCCCGACCCGAGGAUCCUCCUGCAGCGGGACGUUUUUUCCUCCAGAUAUGGAGCGUGAAGAUGUGGAUUACAGAGGAAUCCCCACCGCUAGUUUAGCCGCAAUGGUUUCAUUAUACACGUCAGUGCGGCGUCGUCCUCGGCAGGAAUAUAGAGAACUAUGAACGCACAUUUUCUGGCCAGGGUCAGGAUAAAUCGGUGAUUUUUGGAGCACGGUUGGGACUCCCGUUAGGAAACGUGAGCGAGCUAUCCUGCUAGCCUGUUUGUUGUAGCUAUUAGCUCCAUUAGCCGGCUAACAGCUAAAAGGGUGCUGGGUGGAGAUUAAAAGGCGCUUUAAUAUUUCUGACCAGGUUCUGCCCACGUUUCCUUCCCCUUGCGGUAUUUAUUUGCAGGAUUUGGGGGCUUUUCUCUUAUCCAGGAAUGAAGUCUCGAAUGGAGAGGAGCCGCUUGACCUUGUUUUGGGGUCUGAUGCUGGGUCUGUCGUCCUGCCUCCGGCCCGCCACCGCAGAGAUUUGUGGUCCCAGCAUCGACAUUGGCAAUGACAUCAGUGAAUUCAGACGUCUGGAGAACUGCACAGUGGUGGAGGGCUACUUGCAGAUUCUCCUCAUUGGUGACAAAAACAACAACGCCAACCAGGAAAUCUUCCGCUCCCUCAGCUUCCCCAAGCUGACCAUGAUCACUGACUACCUGCUGCUGUUCAGGGUGUCCGGCCUGGACAGCCUCAGCACGCUCUUCCCCAACCUCACCGUCAUCCGCGGCCGCAACCUCUUUUACAAUUACGCCAUGGUGAUCUUUGAGAUGACCAGCCUGAAGGACAUCGGCCUGUACAACCUGAGGAACAUCACUCGGGGCGCCAUUCGCAUCGAGAAGAACCCCGAGCUCUGCUACCUGGACUCCAUAGACUGGUCCCUCAUCAUGGACGCAGAGUUCAACAACUACAUCGCCGGGAACAAGCAGUCCAAGGAGUGCAGCGACGUUUGCCCGGGGAUCAUGGGGAACAACCCUCAGUGCAGAAAGACCAUGUUCAACAACAACUACAACUACCGCUGCUGGAAUUCCAAUCAUUGCCAGAGAGAGUGCCCAGAGAAGUGUGUACGGCAAGCAUGCACAUCAGACGGUGAGUGCUGCCACCCUCAGUGUCUGGGCAGCUGCACAGUCCCUGAUAGUGACACAGCAUGUGCCGCGUGUGUGCAUUACUACCACGAAGGACGCUGCGUGGCUGAUUGCCCCCCGGGUACCUACCAGUUCGAGGGCUGGCGCUGCAUCAGCGCCGAACUUUGCUCCAAAGUUCACUUCCCUGACUUCGACAGCUUCGUCAUUCACGGAGGAGAGUGCAUGUCUGAAUGCCCAUCUGGGUACAAGCGUACUUCGCCCAACAGUAUGUUCUGUACAGCCUGUGACGGUCUGUGUGAUAAAGAGUGUGACGAGAAGGUCAUCGACUCCAUGGAUGCUGCUCAGUCUCUCAAAGGCUGCACUGUUAUCAAAGGCAACCUGCAUAUCAAAAUCCGUAGAGGCCACAACAUGGUGGCAGAGCUGGAGAGUUUCACAGGUUUAAUCCAGAAGGUGACGGGUUAUGUGCAGAUCUCACACUCUCACACUCUGAGCUCCCUGGCCUUCCUCCGCAGCCUCAGACAAAUCGAUGGAGAAAACCUUCAGGAUGACAUGUACGCCUUCUCAGCAUUCGACAACCAACAGCUCCAGUAUCUUUGGGACUGGAAGCAGCACAACCUCACAAUCAAAACAGGGAAGCUGUUCUUCAGAGCCAACCCCAAGCUCUGCAUGUCUGAGAUCCGCAAAAUGUGGGAGAAGACGGGCAUUAAGAGCCGCUUUGAUGAGACGGAUUUUCGAAACAACGGCGACAGAGCUAGCUGUGAAAGCACUAUCCUGAAGUUCAAGUCCAACAGCACCAGCAGCACAAGGAUCAAACUGACAUGGCAGCGCUACCGGCCUCCUGACUACAGGGACCUCAUCAGCUUUAUUGUCUACUACAAGGAGGCGCCCUACCAGAACAUUACAGAGUUCGAGGGGCAGGAUGGCUGUGGCUCCAACAGCUGGAACAUGGUGGAUGUGGAGCUGAGGCCAGACAAGGACUUGGACCCUGGCGUUCUGCUGUCUAACCUAAAGCCGUGGACGCAGUACGCCGUCUUCGUUAAAGCCAUCACGCUCAUGGUGGAGGACAAACAUAUGCCGGGUGCCAAGAGCAAAGUGGUCUACAUCCGCACCAGCCCCUCAGCGCCCUCCAUGCCUCAGGAUGUCCGAGCCUAUUCGAACUCCUCUACACAGCUGGUGGUGCGCUGGUCACCCCCUGUCUCGCCAAAUGGGAACCAGACUUACUAUUUGGUGAGAUGGCAGCAGCAAGCAGAGGACAGAGAGCUGUAUCAGCACAACUACUGCUCUAAAGAGCUGAAGAUCCCCAUAAGGGUUGCUGCGAUAGGUGUGGGAGAUCAAGAAGAUGACACCAAGCCUACUAAACCAGACCCUGACGGGGCAGAUAAAGGCCCCUGUUGCCCCUGCCCCAAAUCAGAGGAGGACCAGAAGGCCGAAGCUGAUGACGCCUCCUACCGAAAAGUCUUUGAAAACUUCUUGCACAACUCCAUUUUUACGCCAAGGCCACCAGAUCGUCGCCGCAGAGAUCUUUUUGGCGUCGCCAACGCCACCAACUCCCGUCGCCACCGGCUGCACGCCAACAGCAGUGUCAUCCCUCCUCUCCAAGCCGGUAACGGCAGCGCUGCGGAUCUGGAGCCGGCCGACCAAGAGUUCGACUUCAUGGAGCAAUCGGUGACGGAACGUGAGCUGCAAAUCUCGGGCCUGAAGCCUUUCACGGUUUACCGCAUCGACAUCCACGCGUGCAAUCGACAGGUCCAACGCUGCAGCGCUGCUGAGUUCGUCUUCUCCAGGACCAAGCCUGCAGAAAAGUCUGACGACAUCCCGGGCAAGGUGACCUGGGAGGGCCACGAGGACUGGGUGUUUCUGCGGUGGCCAGAGCCACGUCACCCUAAUGGGCUCAUCCUCAUGUAUGAGAUCAAGUUUAAACUGGCCACCGAGACCGAGAAGCACGAGUGCGUAUCUGGUCAAACGUAUCAGGCCCAGCGAGGUGUGCGACUGUCCAACCUCAGUCCAGGAAACUACUCAGUCAGAGUGAGGGCCACGUCACUGGCUGGCAACGGAUCUUGGACGCAGUCCUCGGACUUCUAUGUGGCUGAGAGAGAUGAAAACAUCCUCUACGCUAUGAUCUUCAUUCCAGUCGCCAUAAUCGUACUCAUCUGCUGUCUGGCUGUCAUGCUGGUUUUCUUCAACAGAAAAAGAAACAGCGACCGCCUUGGGAACGGAGUCUUGUACGCCUCAGUCAACCCGGAGUACUUCAGCGCUGCGGAAAUGUACGUACCUGAUGAGUGGGAAGUGGCCCGGGAGAAGAUCACUCUGAGUCGCGAGCUCGGCCAAGGGUCGUUUGGCAUGGUGUACGAGGGCGUGGCCAAGGGCGUGGUCAAAGAUGAGCCGGAGAUGCGCGUCGCCAUCAAGACGGUCAACGAGUCGGCGAGCAUGAGGGAGCGGAUCGAGUUUCUCAACGAAGCGUCUGUUAUGAAGGAGUUCAACUGCCACCACGUGGUUCGUCUCCUGGGGGUGGUCUCUCAGGGUCAGCCCACUCUGGUCAUCAUGGAGCUGAUGACGAGAGGAGACCUCAAGAGUUACUUGCGCUCCCUGCGGCCUAAAGAGCAGCAGUGGUCGAGCCUGUCCCUCCCUCCCCUGAAGAAGAUGCUCCAGAUGGCCGGGCAGAUCGCAGACGGCAUGGCUUACCUCAACGCCAACAAGUUUGUCCACCGGGAUCUGGCAGCCAGGAACUGCAUGGUGGCCGAGGACUUCACCGUUAAGAUAGGAGAUUUCGGCAUGACCAGAGACAUCUAUGAGACCGAUUACUACCGCAAAGGUGGCAAAGGUUUGCUCCCUGUCCGCUGGAUGUCACCCGAGUCUCUGAAGGACGGAGUCUUCACCACCAACUCGGACGUCUGGUCAUUCGGGGUGGUAUUGUGGGAGAUUGCCACUCUGGCCGAGCAGCCGUACCAAGGCCUGUCCAACGAACAAGUGCUUCGCUUUGUCAUGGAGGGAGGACUGCUGGAGAAACCACAGAACUGUCCUGACAUGCUGUUCGAGCUGAUGCGAAUGUGUUGGCAGUACAACCCUAAGAUGCGUCCAUCCUUCGUGGAGAUCAUCAGCAGCGUGAAGGACGAGCUGGAGCCGUCUUUCAGAGAGGUUAGUUUCUUCUACAGCGCCGACAACAAGCCGGCCGACGCGCCGCAGCUCCACCUGGACAAGCUGGACAAGCUGGACAACGUGGACGCUGUCCCUCUGGACCCCCCUUCUUCCACACAGACACAGCAAACCCCGGCCCCUCAACAGACUCCCCCUUCCCCGAGCUCAGAAGCCCCGCCCGCCCCAUCACUAACCCCCAGCUCCCCUUCUUCCCCCUGCACGUCGAGCGCCGCCAUGGACAAGCAGCCCCCCGGCCAGCAGGCGGCCAACGGGCUGUCGGGGGCGGGCCUCGCGGCGGGGGCGGGCCUCGGGACGGGCUCGGGCGUCCCGAUGCGGCCGCCUCUCGACGAACUGCCGCCGUACGCCCACAUGAACGGGGGACGCAAAAACGAGCGCACCAUGCCCCUUCCACAGUCCUCCGCCUGCUGAUCGGACAAACGCACCCACCAGACUGCAAACCCCUCCACCUACUGCCUGCAGAACCAGACGUCUCAGUGGGUGUAUCUCUUUUUUUUUUUUUUUUUUUUUUUUUGAUUUUAUUUUAUUUUUGUUCGUUUCGUGGCUACUCAGUGAGAAGCAAAGACUCGCCGCAAGGUGGAGAAAACUGUCUUGUUAGUAGUCGUCCAUGUUCUGCUGUAUCUCCACACACUUCUUCUUUUUUUUUUUUUUAUAUAUAUUAUUAUUCUAGUUUUGUUCUCUACCAGCUGGCUGUCAGAUGUGACACUGCCCGUGCUGCUGAGUGGGACGACACAAAAAAAUAAGAAAAAAAAACGGUAAAAGAAAGGAAAAAAAACAAAACAAAACUAAAAAAAAAAAAAAAGCAUCCGGGAGAGCUCCGUCACUCUCUCUAUGGCUGAACUUAUUUUAUAAAUCGUUGUUUGUUACUUUUUUUACAUGUGUUUCCAAAUGGGAAAAGAAAAUGUGUAGGCCUUUAUAAAAAAUGACCGGCGUUUUGUUUCGCUUCUGAACGGGCAUUAUGGUGAAAAUGUUAAGCAUAUCUAAUGAAGAAGAAGCACUUCAGAGAGGUCUCCGUCGGCUGUUGGGCGGCCUGGUCGCUCUGCUCUGCCCUGCUCUGCUCUGCGGGCCGGGUGUCAGCACAAUGCCGGGUCAACAGCCCGUCCGCUGAAACAAAGCAGAGGGAGAAAGGUCAACUCUGCCAAAUUUAUUGCCAAAACUCUUCUCUUUGUCAGACUCUCUCUUCUGCAGUCUUGCCCUGUAAUUCUCCCAGCGCGCCAUGUCGACGACGGUGCGAGACGGCGGAGCGCUUUGAUCUGCUGUCGCUCCCCCCCCCACACGAUCUGCAGCUGCUGUCAGAUUGACGCCGUAGACUCGCUCCAUCGAUUGAUCUGAAAUUGAGCCACAUCUUCUCACAAAGUGCUGUUUCGUUACGGUUAAACCGCCAAAUAGUCAAUAAAGAAGCAAAAAAAAAAAAAAAAAAAACACAAAGAAGAAGAAGAAGAUAGAAAACAAAAAAAGCAAGGACUGCGGGGGGACCCUCAGUCGGGUUCCUCUCGCGGUUCAGAGGCGUCCCUGUUGUUGUGUACAAACAGGUAUUUUUUUAGACGAGUCAUUAGUCUCCAACAUUUACAACUUACAUCUCUACGUGGACAGAGCAUUUAUGUACACACCCGUUGUUUGUGUCACUUUUCUAACUUUUAUACAGUUGGAGACAUUCAUCAUGUACAGAUCGAAGCUGCUAUUCCUUAUUUCUCUUGUGGUUGUAACAUAGUCACUAUCUAUAUAUUAAAAAGAGAAAAAAAACUCCUUCAGGUCGGGUCUACGAACGUUUCCACUACAGUCCAUUUUUUUUUUUUUUUUUUUUUUUUAAAUGCUUGUAAUUGUGAAAAGUGUAUCUGAGCUGGUUUCGUUUCUGUGUUUGCGUUAAAAAGGUUACGACAAUUUGCCUUGUGUUUUGAAACGCCGGUAACUUCUCCUCCCGUCUGAUCAGAGGACGGAGACGGCGGCCGUGGCGUUCCUCUCCGGGACCCGUUGACGCCUGUCCUGUCCUCUAGGGUUUGGACUGAGUCCGCCUCUGCCCGUCAUCACACUCGGAGGCUGGGCGUCCCAACUAAAUCUCAGGUCAAAGAGAAAAGUGAAAUCCUUUUCUACUUUUCCUUGUUUGUCUUUUUUUUUGUGCUGUCAUACCCAGAGACAUCCAGCCUGGUGUGUGUGUGUGUGUGUGUGUGUGUGUGUGUGUGUGUGUGUGUGUUAAACCUCUGUCUGAUUCUACAGCUCUCUGACCCUUAAUGCAUUUGUUUUGUGUGUGUGUGUGUGCGCGUUAAAUCACGAGCGGUGUUUAUCACAGCAGCCUGAAACAUGAAGGGGCCUCGGUCAGUUUUUGAUUGGUCCUAGCACAUUCUGUGGAGCCCAAAUACUAACAAAAUACAGAUAUCAGACAGUUCAAAAUAUAAAGUUAUUUACUUAUAUUUCCUAUAACCUCCCACGAGUUGGUAUAAAACAGAAAUAUUUUUUGGUUUUGUCGGAAUGAACCAACCGUUCCAGCUCGUUUCAUACUUCAACUUCUUCUUGGUUUCGUCAUUUUCUGGAGAUGCAUUCAUUCAUGUUCACAUCUGUUCUCUAUUUUCUUCCGCUACAUUUUGGUGGCUAAUGCUAAGACGUUACAUUAGGACAGCUUUAUUAUUAAUUUAUUGUUAAUUAUUACGGUACGCGUUGCUGCAAAAGGUGAAAGUAACAAAAGCCGCAGAUGUAUUUUGUUUUAUUCUAAACUUAUUUAUUCUGAAGCCAGGUUUGUACACUAGCGUAUAAAUAACCCUCUACAUACUUUGUUCACGGAUUAGCUUGACGUGUACUGGCCGGCGUGCUUUACAAAUGAAACUAUUGGAUAACUCAGUGGCGUUAACACCAACGGAAACAAGGGACUUGGGUUCAGUAAGAGAGCACAGACAAAUUAGAACAAAACAGGAUGGAGUUGAAAUUAAAAUGGGCAAAUGAAAGAUGCAGAGGUAUGAAAAUUUUUGUUUUUACACUCAAUUUUUUACUAUUUAAUUAACAAUAUUGUAUAAGUUCUGUUUCAGUCUUGACUUCUCUGAUGGCGUUCAGUGCAUUUUGCUAGUUUCAGGGCUCCACGCGUUUGUGCUUUGCAAUAAAAUUUGGGAAAUACAAAUUAUUUAUGUUUUCUGAAAGCAAGUACACAACCCCGUCUGUAGGAUCACAUUUUCUUCUAAUCAAUCUCUCUCUGUAAUCAAAGGUGGUUUCCUCACAUAUUCUUUGUAUUCACAUGUUUUUUUUUUGUUUUUUGUUUGGAAGAUUUGCUGAAGCUAAAUUGGGCUGAGAUGUUCGUGGAAUCAUCUUAAAGUUUGGGGAGUUUCUCUUUAAAUGUCUUAGGAACAUUAAGAUGUCACGACUGACUCUGAAAGGAUUCAUAAGAGGAACAAAUUUUCGAGGCCGUCAUUAAACGGAGCCUCUCGUCGGGGACUAAGUGUAACUGGAGAUUCCAGCGUUGACGCAUUAAACACACUCCUUUAUCAAAGGUUUACUGUAGAGACGCUCCACCUUAAUAUUUGAAGUAUGAUCUGAGAGGACCACAUGGGACACAUAUUUAAAGGCUCAUUCACCUCAAAAGUGACAUUUCUUGAUUAUUUAUGUUCAUUAUUUUGUGAAGUGUAAAUCACUGUACAAACCCCCUCUGCAAGGUAUUUGUUUUCUUUAUUAUUAUUAUUUUUUUUCCUCUGAUAUUUUGUUGUUUUAUUUGGGGGCAAGGUUUUGUUAUUAUUCCUUCAACCAUCCAUCUACCUCACUUUUUUUUUUUUUUCUUUUUCAAUUUAUUUUACGUGUACAGAAAAAACAAAACAUCUCAUCUCUCGUUGUCCGGCUGUAAUGACAAUCUCACUGAGUGCUGUUAAUAUGGUCAAAUUCAAACCACAAACCAAACCAUCCUGGGGUGGGUCGGUGGGGGUCUUUAUUUUUUUUAAGUUUUGCUUGGGGUCUGGCAGACGUGGAAGACUCUCACAGACUCUCUAACCAGGUUUCCCAAGGUGCAUCUAUAUUCAUAUCCACAUAUAUAUAUAUAUAUAUAUAUUUUAAAAAAUGGCAUAUCUCUUUACUUGCUUUGUACAACACACACACACAAAAUGUAAAAAACUUUUAUUUUUUAUGGAAAUAUGUAAAAAUAAUACAGUGUAACAUAAUAUAGACAAAUAUAACAGAUGAUAAAAACUUUUAAAUGUUGUUCCGGGUUGUACAAAUGGAAGUAUUGACAUGUGUCAUUUCAGGCUGCCAUCUUUCUUUGGCCCAGUUUGACAUUUUAAUGGCGUUUAAAGGCACUGACCGGGUCUACAUGAAGACCAGAGACGCACCUUAUAAGCUGCCAUCCAGGGAACACUGUGUUACUGGUAGUUGCCAGGACCCUACGUCGUCAAACCCGCUGAAUAUAUCCGAUGUUAACGAAUUCAACCUUAGCAAAUUCACUUGAGAAAUGGUGUUUUAGAGGUACGUAUAUGCAGGACUGCAAACUGACAGCAAGCCGGCGAUGUGUGCGUCUCUCUGGGGAAGCUGGUUCAUUUUCAACACAGCACACUUUGUUUUUUGUUUUUUCGUUUUUUGUCAAUACCUGCUGCUUUGAGCAUUUGGGGGCACAGACAUGUUUGAUAAGAGAGAACCAGGCGGUUCAGUUGUUCAAAGACCCUGUUUGACCUCAGAGCGAGCUAAUGAUGUGUCUUCACUAGUGCUUCUCCUUCGUGGCAACGUAAAACUCGUGAGAUUUUUUAUUUCUUACUACCACAGCAGGCUUAUUCGUUUCUGUCCUAACAAGGCAGUGAUUUCAUGCUGGGAGUCUCAGUGAUACGGGUAGAGAGUCCUUUCACCCGGUUCAACCACAGAACACCAAUCAGAUCUGGGGGUCAGGAUGGGUACGUUUGGCGUUUGUGGUCUGAUUUUCGCCUCAUCUUUACCACUGGAACACCUCACAGAGCCGACACAAAAUCAAACUUUUUUUUUUUUUUUUACAUUGACGGUCAAUUUGUUACCUAUAUUAUGAUGUGUGUAAAUUAUUCAUAGCCUUCCAACUCUUGCGUUUCUAUUGAAAUGGUCUGUUAGACCGAGGUUUCAGUUUGGUUUUCUUUUGUACAUGCUGUUGUAAGAAAUCUUUCCUGUUUCCAGUCGAUUCUGAGUACUGACAAAAAUGAUUGGCUGAAGGAAAAGAGAAUGUCUGUUUCUCUGAUUCUUUUUUUUUCUACAUGAGAUUUAAGAUGAAUAAAAAAAUGUAUGCAAAGUG